UAUAUAUAGUUAUCGCCGCCGUGGUCAUAGGCAGAAGCAAUUUGUGCUCCGAACCAAGAGAACCUCAAACCCAAACUAAAGAUGCGCGCCUUCAUCGUAAUGUGCCUGGUGGCAGUCACCUGCGCCGAUAAGCUCGGCUACAACUACCAGCCCGUGGGCCACUCCAGCUCCGGACUGUCCUUCGCUCCUGGAAGUGGCAGCAUUGGAGGUGGUUCCAUUGGAGGUGGUUCCAUUGGAGGAGGAUCCAUUGGAGGAGGAUCCAUUGGAGGAGGACUCAUUGGCGGCGGAUUUAUCGGAGGUGGAAGCAUCGGAGGCGGUUCCAUUGGAGGUGGUUCCCUUGGCGGUUCCAUCGGUGGUGGCUCCAUCGAUUCUGGUCUUGGCGGUCUUGGUGGAUUCGGUGGUCUAGGAGGUGGAGACGCUCUGGCCGCUCCAGUCUCCUACAACGCCCCCGCUCCCGCUGCUGAGCUCCAGAAGGAGUUCUUCACCUACUCCGCCAACGAGCAGGACUUCGAUGAGCCCCAGGAACUGGAGCGUGUUGCUGGAUCCGUGAACAAGGGACUGCGCGUUGUCUUCAUCAAGGGACCUGAGAACAGUGGUCUGGAGAACGCUGCCCUUGCCCUCGCCAAGCAGGCUGCCCAGCAGGAGACCGCCAUCUAUGUCCUGAACAAGCAGGCCGAUAUUGGAGAUCUUGCCCAGAAACUGAACGCCAUCCGCAACAACAACAUCAACAAGCCCGAGGUGCACUUCGUCAAGUACCGCACUCCCGAGGAUGCUGCCAACGCCCAGCGCGCCAUCCAGUCGCAGUACGACCAAUUGGGAGGAUCCUCUCAGGCCCACAACGGUGGUGUGGCCCCCGCCCUGAACUUCGCCUCCGCUGGACCCGUCCAGAAGGUUAAUGCUCAGAUCCCUGAGAACGCUUACCUGCCCACUUCCAUCUUCCGUCGUCGUUUAAAAGUAUUUAAGUCAUUGAUCGCUCCUAGCCAGAGACACAAGCAACUCAUACCUCAAAGCAAAAGAACCAGCUAUCUGCUCAAGAUGCGCGCAUUCAUUGUCCUGUGUUUGGUGGCAGUCACCUGCGCCGAUAAGCUCGGCUACAACUACCAGCCCGUGGCCCACUCCAGCUCUGGACUGUCCUUCGCUCCUGGCAGUGGCAGCAUUGGAGGUGGUUCCAUUGGAGGUGGAUCCAUUGGAGGUGGUUCCAUUGGAGGAGGAUCCAUUGGAGGAGGCCUCAUUGGUGGUGGCUCUAUCGGAGGAGGAAGCAUCGGAGGUGGAUCCCUUGGUGGUUUCAUCGGUGGUGGCUCCAUCGAUUCUGGUCUUGGCGGUCUUGGUGGACUCGGUGGUCUAGGAGGUGGCGACGCUCUGGCCGCUCCAGUCUCCUACAACGCACCCGCUCCCUCUGCUGAACUCGAGAAGGAAUUCUUCACCUUCACCGCCAACGAACAGGACUUCGAUGAGCCCCAAGAACUGGAGCGUGUUGCUGGAUCCGUGAACAAGGGACUGCGCGUUGUCUUCAUCAAGGGACCCGAGAACCGUGGUCUGGAGAACGCUGCCCUUGCCCUCGCCAAGCAGGCUGCCCAGCAGGAGACCGCCAUCUACGUCCUGAACAAGCAGGCCGAUAUUGGAGAUCUUGCCCAGAAACUGAACGCCAUCCGCAACAACAACAACAACAAGCCUGAGGUGCACUUCGUCAAGUACCGCACUCCCGAGGAUGCCGCCAACGCCCAGCGCGCCAUCCAGGGUCAGUACGACCAGCUGGGAGGCUCCUCUCAGGCUCAUGAUGGCGGUGUUGCCCCCGCCCUGAACUUCGCCUCCGCUGGUCCCGUCCAGAAGGCCAACGCCCAGAUCCCCGAGAACGCCUACCUGCCCACUUCGGUGUUCCGUCGUCUGCGUUUCUAGGAAGGCUACGUCUUGGACCCCAUUAACUUAAGCAAAUCUCGACUGAAGAACUCAUUCUUCCUGUUACACGUUGUUGACUAAUGCAUAAUUACACCAAUAAAUUUGAAAUUUAAAUACGAAAAUUCAA